CCACCGAGCUGCAAAAAGGAGGGUACCCCAUUUCACCGGCUGCUGCACUUCCGCUAGUCCCCAUGCGUCGAGUUGUUUACAGCAAACGCUCUGAAUUAAUCGUUAAAUUAUGUAAUUUAACCGAGUCUGGUACUAGGCAAGUAGCACAUUAAUUUACCGGCAACAUGCUGCUUUUCUGUCCAACCUGUGGGAACGUUUUAAUUGUCGAGGAAGGACAGAAGUGCAUGAGAUUUGCUUGCAAUACAUGUCCAUACGUACAUAACAUCACAAGGAAGGUAAAUAACAGGAAGUAUCCUAAGUUAAAAGAGGUGGAUGAUGUCCUAGGUGGGGCUGCAGCGUGGGAAAACGUGGACUCAACUGCUGAAAAGUGUCCUAAGUGUGAACAUCCACGGGCAUACUUCAUGCAGAUUCAAACCCGAUCAGCAGACGAACCGAUGACGACGUUCUACAAAUGCUGCAAUGCCCAGUGUGGACAUAGAUGGAGAGACUGACAACUUUGCACUUGAACUGAAGAGGAGUAUUUUGAUGAUUUCCAGUUUCAGCUGAAAAACUUUAUUCUUUCUUCUGGAUACUCAACGUCUGGCCAUGAUUUGAUUGUCAACACGACAGCAAAAGUAGUUUCCUUUGUGUUUUUUAUUGAUAAAAUAGUACCUGUAUACAACAAACAGAUGUUGAUUUACAUAGUUAUACAUAACACAGACAUUUAGAGCAAUGUAAACCAGCAGUAUCCACAACAAUGGCAUACAGUAUUUCAUAUUAAAAUUUCAAUGCAA